AUGCAACAACCACCUCAACGAUUGAAGCCUAUUUCAGCAAAAGGCGGUCCAAGACAGGACGCUUUAGUCUCUAAUCAGAAUAAUAAUAAUGGAGGAAUUGUUUCUGCAAGAAGGGUGAAAACAGCAGGAGCUCCCUCUCGAAAACCUCAAACUCCGAGAGGAAAUAAUAGCAGUCAACGAGAGGUCACUCCGAGAGAGCAUGCCUCGAAUCAAGAAGAAGUCCUCCCUUCCCAGAGUUUGAACGAUAAUAAUCCAAUGAAUAGCAGAGGUGUCGUUCAGUUAGUGGAUGCAUCAUCUGCGUUGUCGGUUUCCUCGGAGAUGGACAUCAUCGCAGAAGAAAUUGAAACGAUAUCAACAAAUGAAGAAUAUAGAUCUCAACCCAACGAUGUUUCAUUAGAUUCAAAGGUGUCAAAUAUUGAAAAAACUCUUUGCAGCAACAAAUUAUCGUCGCAAAUUCUGACAGAACUUGGAGAAUUGCAAGACGAAAAUACCGACACGUUUAUCGAUGAAGAGCACGAAUUGGAAAAGAAGAAAUUGAUUGUGUUGAAAGACCUGCAGAAAAAAUACCCGCAAUUCAGUUCACUUCGAGACCAACCUCUUCUUGUGCCGUUCAAACCUCUCGCCGAUUCAGCUCCAACAACCCCAACACCUAUACCACCAAAAGCCUCCGAAGAUGAAGAAGAAGGAGAUGAGCAAGAAGAGGAUGGUGAUGAAAACGAAACAAAAAAACAACAAACAGUGACAUCACCCACAACAAACGAACAACAGCAAUAUGAAAAACAACAAUACGAAAGGUCGAUUAUGGGAAACGCCACUCUGGCUGAAAUUUUAAUGGAAUUGGAAUUGGAAAAAGUGGAAAAGAAGAGAGACGAAAUUCUAAAUGCCAAAUCAUCAAUUUUAACAUCAGCUGCAGCUACCACUUAUAACUUCAGUUCAAUAUCAUCGGAUUUACAGAGAAAAUCUUAUCUUGACUAUCGCAAAGAGAGAAACGAAACUCUACUACAACUCGAAAAAUUACCCACAGUAUCUUUCAAAGAGCCUUCUCACAUUUCGGCUGAAAAACAAUUGAAUUUUUGUUUGGAAAAGAAAAAUACCAAGGCCUAUAUGGAAAAUUUUGUCUUGUCUUUUUACAAUUACUGGAAAGAAGUUCAAAAAUUACAAUGUUACAAAGUCAUUACAAGAUGGCAAAAAUUUUCAGAUCGUUCGGACAUGAUCGUCAGAGCAGAACCUAUGCUUCAAUCUAAAUUGUCAAGAAUUCAGAAGGAAUAUGAACAUUCUUGUUCGAGACUGAAAGAAAUUUCUUCAGAAAUUCGAUCUAAUCACCCAAAGAAUAUUAUCAAAGUCACUGACCUUCAGACAAUUAUCCGAAAACAACUCUAUGAUGCUCGGGCAAGAAGAAAGACCGAUGCAAGAGCUCCAGGAAUAUCUGUCGUUAAAUCAGAGAUAGAAGAGCAGUUGGAAACGCUAAAAGAUUGUGUCGAAAUGAAAAAACUUCCCUCUGAAGAGACAGGUCAAGAAUUUUUAUACCUUGUCAGAAAUAAGUUUGAUGCAAUAUUUAAAGCUCAAUCUGCAAAGCUGAAGGUUUUACCCUAUCCUUACAAAGAAAAUGUAAAUAACGACAAUAGUGGUUUAGGAGGGGAGAAGAAAACAGAUUUGGCGUCAGAUACUUUCACUUAUUUGAAAGAGUCUACUUGGACAAAUGAUCCUUCUUACAAAUCUUCAAAAGUUUUUUUUCCUCCUCAAGAUGCAUUUGAGCAAAAACAAACUAUAUUAAUGACCAACGAUUUACGAAUUGAUCCACAACUUCAAAUAGAGGCUGGGUUUUUUACACACUACAGAAUUACAGUAUGCAAGAAAACGAUUGAAAGAUCAAGCAGAUUCUCAUUUCAAAAGAGCAAGAGUAGAAGAUGA